AUGGAGGCACUCGGCUACAUGCUAGUGUAUUUCAUGCGUGGAAAACUCCCUGGGCAAGGUCUCAAGGCGAAGCGGGAUACCAAAUACCUGCUGGUUUUGGAGAAGAAGCAGGCAACCAGUGCGAGCGAACUCUGUGCUGGUCUUCCUACCGAAUUUGUUGAUUACUUCACUUACGUGCACGAGUUACGCGAUGAGGGGCGGCCAGACUAUCAGCGCCUUCGGAAGAUGUUCACCAAACUCUUCCGCCGGCAAGGGUUCGAGUAUGACAACGUGUUUGACUGGACGAUUCGAGAAUUCCAGAGGCUAGGGCUUGACGCUGAAGAGCCACCUACAUCGAAUAGUGUGAAUGGGAAGCGAGGAGUGGACACCACGAAGCCAUGGGGUGUGAAGUCCAGGCUGCGACCGAGGCGACUCGUAAAAGGAAAAGAUGACACUCUCUACCUGGGCCCACAUGGAGAGGACCCUAGGCAUAACAACGAUGCUGUCACUUGA